AUGGGAAAUGUUGUACGGGGUGCCGUAGCCUUUGUGCCAUCCGAGAGAUGUCAACGUUUCUUAGUAGGUGACUUAAAGGAAAUGCCUCUUGAUCGUACCCUGGACCUGAGCAGUCGACAAUUACGCCGCUUUCCAGUCAGAGCUUCUGCCUUCGAUGAACUGGUCAAACUCUACCUGAGUGACAACCACCUGAGUAACCUUCCAUUAGAGCUGCGCAACCUGCAGAAGCUCCAACUUCUAGCGUUGGACUUCAACUGUUUUGAGGAGCUUCCUCUGGUCAUAUGCAACCUCGUUCAGCUGAACAUCCUCUACCUUGGUAAUAACCGACUGUACAGUUUGCCGAAGGAACUGCAGCAACUCACAGAGUUGAAAACCUUGUGGCUGGAGACCAACUGCUUCACCAGUUUCCCUCAAGUAAUAUGUGAGCUUCCCAACAUCAAGACGCUGCAUUUGGGCUACAAUCAGCUACGGAGUUUACCCGCCGAGCUCGGGCGACUGGAAGAGCUGCGGAGCAUCUGGCUAGCUGGAAACUUGCUAAACGACUUCCCUUCCGUCCUGUUGGAGAUGCAUUACUUGGAGGUGAUGGAUGUGGACCGUAAUCGUAUUUGCCAGUUUCCAUCGCUCGCCCAUUUAAGAGGUUUAAAGCUCGUCAUCUACGACCACAAUCCUUGCAUUAAUGCUCCUGUGGUGGCCGAGGGUGUGAGACGGGUAGGCCGAUGGGCCGACUGCAACGAUGAUGAGGAAGAUGAAGGUGAUGGAAAGGUUGCCAAUGUAAGCGUGAAAGCUGCAGGGAACAAUGGAAAUGAUUGA